AUGGCAGCUUCUUCAGGAAAACCUUCGAAUUCAACGAAUUCCUCAGGAAGACCUUCAAAUUCGUCAGUCAACAAUACAGGAUUCAUCAAGCCUGACAAUAGUUCCUACCGUUUCAAUGCAUCGAAUCCUUUCAAUGGAUUUCAGUUUCAUAAACCUGGACAAGCUCCUAAACCUGGCUCUAGAGAAGCACAAUUGGAGAAGCAUGCUAAGAUACGAAUUCAAGCCAUGUUGAAAAGGCUGCCAUCGGAGGUCUUGGAGAAGUUAACCGAUGCAAAUUUCACUCAAAACUUAACCCUGAGUGAACUGGCUAAAGUCCCAGUGGAAGUCUUUCGUAUCUUAAAACCUGAAGUUAUUCAAAAUCUUCCUACUUCAAUGAUUAAAUCCAUUGCUAAUAAACUCUUUCGGGGACAAUCGGCAGUUUUAGCCCAUUUCCUUAAGUUAACUACUAAGGAAGUCUUUCUGAAUAUGAUUCAACAAACUUCGAUCUUGUUUACUGCCUCGAAAAAAUCCAUUCCGAAAGAUUAUUCUGCGGCCAUCAUUGCAGCUGCGAAGGUACACUACGGAAAUGCUAAUAAAUGGAAUUUAGAUCUAUUGAGAAAGUUGCGAUUACCCCAAUUUUUCAACGGUUUCUCACCUCAAGAUUUUGCAAAAAUUCCUACUUUGGUUUGGAAAACCAUUUUAAGUUCUCCUGACCAGUGA